AUGAGUUCCGAAGGAGAAAAGGCCAGAACUUCCGGCGAGGUCUCUCGUCCGGAGCCCGCUUUGCCCACCGUGAACCCGGCCGCUGAGAAGUCCGAGCCUCCCAAGGCUACCUUCCACCCUGCGGUCUACGUGAGUGUCUGGAUUGCUCUGAGUUCCAGUGUUAUCUUGUUCAACAAGAAGAUCCUUGAUAACCCCCAAGCUCCAUUCCCUAUCUUCCUGACAACAUGGCAUCUGGCGUUCGCUACCCUGAUGACCCAAAUUCUCGCCCGCACUACCAACUUGCUCGAUGGUCGAAAGACCGUGAAGAUGACUGGCCGGGUUUACCUGCGCGCCAUCGUCCCUAUCGGCCUCUUCUUCAGUCUGAGUUUGAUCUGCGGUAAUGUUACCUACUUGUAUCUGAGCGUUGCUUUCAUCCAGAUGCUUAAGGCCACUACUCCGGUUGCCGUGCUCUUGGCUACGUGGGGCAUGGGAAUGGCUCCCGUGAACUUCAAGGUGCUAUCGAACGUUGCUGCCAUCGUUGUUGGUGUCGUCAUUGCGUCGUUCGGUGAGGUCAAGUUCGUCUUGAUCGGUUUCCUUUUCCAGCUCGGUGGUAUCGUUUUCGAGGCCACCCGUCUGGUCAUGGUCCAGCGCCUGCUCAGCUCCGCCGAAUACAAGAUGGAUCCUCUUGUGUCUCUGUACUACUUCGCUCCGGUCUGUGCUGUCAUGAACGGUCUUACCGCGCUCUUCAUUGAAGUGCCCAACAUGACUAUGAACCACAUCUAUGGCGUCGGUGUCUCGACUCUGCUCCUCAACGCCGUCAUUGCUUUCCUGCUCAACGUCUCCGUCGUCUUCUUGAUUGGCAAGACCUCUUCCUUGGUGAUGACCCUCUGCGGUGUCUUGAAGGAUAUCCUGCUGGUUGCCGCCUCCAUGGCCAUCUGGCACACCCCCGUCACCGGCACCCAAUUCUUCGGUUACUCUAUCGCUCUUGGAGGUCUCGUCUACUACAAGCUUGGUGGCGACAAGCUCAAGGACUACACUGGCCAGGCUAACCGCGCCUGGGCUGAGUAUGGUGCCAACCACCCGGCCCAGCGCAAGUCCAUUAUCAUCGGUGCCGUUGUCCUAAUCUUGUUCCUGUUCAUUGGCUCUAUGGGCCCCAGCUACGCUCCCGAGUCCAUGGACCGUAUGAAGGGCAUGCUUGGUGGCGCCAGCACCGGAAACGCCUAA